GAUCAAUCCAAAACCCCGCUUUGUCUACACCAAAUAACACACUAUACUUCUUCUUCUUCUUCCUCCUCCCAAGUUCAGUGACAUAGCGUGUUUAAUAUCCCCAAUUUUGAUUGCUAGUUAAUUUAUAUGAGCAAAGAAUUUGUUUUGCUGACAGUUAGAAUAUACCCAGAUGGCUAGGCAAGUUAAAGACACAAUUUUUCUAGAAGAAUUGCUGAGAAACAACUGUAAAACAACCACCACCACGGCGGCCACCACCGCGAGCGGUUCUUUAACGUCAUCAUCGUCUGCCCGAGCUAUCAUUCACGCGUGGUCGGAGCUUAGAGAUUCUCUUAUUCAUCACUCGUUUCAAUCUAAUCAUUUACAAGCAUUGAAGAUUUUGCUUCAGUAUCAGACAUCUCUUCAUGUUGCGGACCCACAAGCAAAGCUGCUGAUUUCAAUUUUGUCAGCUCAAAGUACGUUGCUUCCACUUGAAUCAUAUCCUUUGUUAGUUAGGUUACUUUAUAUCUGGGUUCGGAAAUCGUUCCGGCCCUCUCCGGUGCUUGUUGAUUCAGCGGUCGAGGUUCUGUCUAAGGUUUUGAAUAGUAAUGUACAUGUUAAGGAAAGCCCUGAGCUUUUUGCCGGAGCAAUUCUUGUUCUGGGCGCGUUUUCGUUUGUGGCGGCUGCAACGGAAGCCUCUAGGACAGUUUGUUUGGAGUUGCUUUGUAGUAUGUUGGAUGAGCAUUAUAGAUUGGUUAGCUCUGUUGAUGGACUGAUUCCUGAGGUACUUGCUGGCAUUGGUUAUUCAUUGUGCGGUUCUGUUAAUGAUUAUUGUGUUAGAAUUUGGGAUGUGGUGUUGGGAAUUUGGGGGAAGGAGGAUGGACCAGAGUGUAGUGUUUCUCAUGGGCUUAUGAUUUUCCAUUUGGUUGAUUGGAUUGUGUUUGGGUACAUCAAAUCGCACUCCGAUGAGAAACUACUAAUGUUUUCUCAAGAGAUUUUGAACACUCCAAUGUCUGGCCGUGUUCCUUUUGCUCUCAUCAUGACUGCAGCUGGUGCUCUCAGAGCUUUAAAUAGGUCGAUACCAGAUGGCCAUGGCGUACAGAUUAUGUCGAGAUUAAGGAUUUCUGCGGAAAACCUGAUAGAGCGGCUUGCGCAUGAUUUGAUUAUUGACGCUGGAGGUUUCUCUUGUGUAGAAAAUGAUACAAGAACAAGUGUUUUGCUACAAUGCGUUUCAUUAGCUUUGGGUCGAUGUGGGCCAGUGUCUUCCAGAGCUUCUCUAUUUAUUUCCAUUGCUUCAGGAUUGUUAAUUGAAAUAUUUCCUUUACGGCGUUUGUAUUCCGGGAUUUUUGAUUCAACAUAUGGCGUUCCUAAAAUGGUGAUUGACGAUGUUAAAGGACACCUGAAUAGUAUUGCUUUUAAAGAGGCAGGAGCCAUAAGUGGUGUUCUCUGCAAUCAAUAUGUGUCGAUAGAUGAAGAGAACAAGUCGAUAGUCGAAAAGAAGAUAUGGCAUUUCUGCCAAGAGCUCUAUUUGGGGCAUCGGCGUGUGGCUUUGUUACUUCGUGGUAAAGAAGAUGAGCUGCUUGGUGAUAUUGAGAAGAUUGCCGAGUCUGCUUUCCUUAUGGUUGUAGUUUUUGCAUUGGCUGUUACCAAGCACAGGCUAAAUUCGAAAUUUUCUAUUGAAGCUCAGAUGGAGACAUCUGUUUCGAUACUAGUUUCUUUUUCUUGUGUAGAGUAUUUCCGCCGCAUGCGCUUGCCUGAGUACAUGGAUACAAUUCGAGGUGUAGUGUUAAGUGUGCAGGAUAGUAAGGCUGCAAGUAUCUCUUUCACAGAAUCUAUGCCCUGUUAUGCUGAUUUGACGAAUCCUGAAGAAUUCAUGCAGAAAGUGGAAUACAUAUGGUUUAAGGAUGAUGUGCAAACUUCCCGUAUCUUAUUUUACUUGCGAGUUAUUCCAACAUUUAUGGAGCAUUUGCCAGGUUCCACAUUUAGCAGGGUUGUAGCUCCUGCUAUGUUCUUAUUCAUGGGACAUACAAACGGAAAAGUAACGCAAGCCUCACAUUCUAUGUUUGUGGCUUUUAUAUCUUCGGGGAUGGAUGCUAACGAUGAUGAAAGAAUGUUACUAAAGGAGCAACUUGCUUUCUAUUACUUGCAGAGAUCUUUAGCGGGAUAUCCCGGUGUCACAUCUUUUGAGGGUAUGGCUUCUGGAGUUGUAACCUUAGUUCGGAAUCUUCCUGCUGGAAGUCCAGCUAUAUUUUAUUGUAUCCAUAGUCUUGUAGAAAAAGCAAACAUGCUGUCCACUGACGUUUACUCUCAGGAGGCCGAUAUAUGGAAAAAUUGGCCAGGAGAAUCAGAGCCUUGUAAGAAAAUCUUAGAGUUGCUUUUACGGCUCAUUUCCUUGGUGGAUAUACAAGUGCUACCAAACUUAAUGAAGUUGAUGGCGCAGCUGAUCACUCAGCUACCUAAGGAUGGCCAAAAUGUUGUUCUCAAUGAGUUAUAUGCUCAGGUUGCUGAAUCUGACGAUGUAACUCGGAAGCCCGCCUUAGUUUCUUGGUUGCAGUCGCUAUCCUACCUCUGUUCCCAACAAGUUAGUAGAAUUACAGCUUCCAAAUUCGAUACUCUUCAAGAUCCAUUGAAUGGGGAUGGAACAAAUGCACGACUCUAAAUAAUUAAGGUGCAUAUUUUGAUUGACCUACUUUAUUUCCCUUUAAACUCCUCAUGCAGUUUAUCACGAGACUACUCUGCCACUUAUAAUCUAAAGAAAUAAGUAAAGACCGAACUGACCGAUGCUCGCCUCUAAUUUGAGGUUCUGCUAGUCGUGAGUAUGCAAUGAUUUUGCUGUUGUAUGAUUGCUUAGAAAAUAUCCUUAUUAUAACGACAAUAUCGGCAUAACUUGUUUAUCAGUAGAAACUGUGUUAAUAUUUUGGUUGCUUAAAUCUCUGUUUUGAUUUGAUAUGAUACAUUUGGUUGCUAAAAUCUGGGGUAGUUAACCCAAGGUCCCAAGCUAUGUUAUGGAAGUUAGACUGAAGCUUGAGAUUUGUUGAUGGGCUACAUAUAAUAGCUGCAUAUUCUUCUCACUUCUGCAACUUGCAGUGUAAGACGGAAAACUCGUUACUCUGAUUAGCUGCUUCAGCUGUCUGCCAGUUGAUCCGGCUUAACUAGGUCUAGUCGCGACCCAUGAGAUUGUGCUGUAGUUGGCCUUUACCUUCUGACAGUUAACGGGUUCUUGCUCAAGCUAUUGAAAAAGUUGUGUAAUUUCGAAGAUUGGAUUCUCAUUUUCAGCUUUCCGUCGAGGCUGAUCUCAAUUCUUCUGCAAAAACUUGGUGCCCGAGAAUUUGGAUGUGGCGCUAAAAUUGUAUGCUUAUUCUAUGCGGUACAGGCUGUGAUAUGGCCUUCUGGAUCAAUAGAAGGUGGAUUUUACCUUUGUUAGUUCUGGCAAGUUGUACAUUUAAAAUGUGCUAAAUGAAGUCUAAUAAAUAAAGAUGAACAAUAUGCAUACUUUUGCUGCUGCAUUUUCCAUA